AUGGAUAAUCAGCAGCAGCGGAUGAGUGACGGUCUCAGCCUCCUUAGCGCACCGUCUGUGGACGGUGCUGCCAAUCGUGCCUCAUGUCCCCCUCCAGUCACUGCAAAUGGAAAAAUAAAACCCAGCCGGCCACCAAGGCCCCCAAUGAUACCGCAAAAACCGACAACUCCUCAACAUCUGGGUUCGAAACCCAUGCGAACCAAACCGUCAUCCAAUGGUACUCGGACAGCCGGUGGUGGAACGGGGAUCGAUCUGGCGAAGAAAAUCUUUAUUGUAGAAGGUCAUCGAAUCCAAUUGGAAAUUUGGGAUACAGCUGGCCAAGAACAGUACUACUCCAUUGUUGCACUGCAUUUUCGAGAAGCCCGAGCAUUCGUGGUCGUUUAUGAUGUGACAGAUAUCAAAUCAUUUGAACAGAUCCGAAAAUAUUGGCUGAAAUCCGUGGAUCAGUACAUGGAUGAACCGGUCCCCGUGUUUUUUGCCGCCAACAAGGCAGAUAUGUCCAAAUAUCGACAAGUCAGCACUGAACAAGGAGAACAGGUAACCCCCACUGGACCCCACUAUCUCGUUGUUUGUCAUCAUUAUUCUUAG